GCACACUUGUAAUAUUAUGUUUUAGCUUCCAUGUGGUCCAGCUGGGGAUGCAGUGCGGUGGCAGGACUCCUAGGGGCACUAGCUGCAUGUUCUGCCAAAUUGGCUUUGGGCACAGAUUACUUGAGGGAUGCCUGUGAAGCUGCAGUCUGGGAGUUGGGAGAGGGCAUCUGCGAUUGGGUACACCUGCUGCUUCGUCUCAUUUGUAUGUGCACGGUCUUUAUUUGUAAUGCAGUGAUGUGGACUUUAUUUGCCAAGGCAUUAAGGCUUUCUUCAUCUUCAGCAACUGCAACAGUGACAACAACUGCCUCAAAUUUUGUGUCCUCAGCAUUGCUUGGCAAGGUGCUGUUUGGAGAGUCUCGAGCCCUGCUCUGGUGGGUGGGCAUCUCAAUCACACUCUGUGGCUUGCUCUUGCUUCAUUCAGCAUCCCCACCACUGGGGGAGAAAAGUGCUGCCAAAAAGGAGAGUUAAAUCAUUAGAACACAGUCGGAGAUCUGGAAGAAGAUGCAGGAUACAUCUCGAUUGUCCAUUGUUAACUUGAAUACGUUUCAACACUCAAAGUUUUAAAGUGACAUUAAAAUCAACAUUUAUUCCCCCCAGCAAAAUUAAAUAACCUUACAAUAUUAACAUCACAA